AUGUUGCCAUCCACACCAGAGUAUCAUACCUUUAACAACGCUCCCGAUGACUGUGGCAUGCUGGUUCCCCAGAAGGUGUAUACUCAACACGGCGCGACGUUCGAAAGACGGGCCUCAGUCAUUUUCCCCCCGGAGACGUACUUACACCGCGCAUUGGCACGGGCGUUCGCCAAUGAUACGCGUUUUCAACAGCGUAUACCCACGUCCGACUUCAGCAAGCUGAAGUUCACUCUCCGUCUCGAGUGGCCCGGGUACGCGCCCUGGAACUGCAAUAUCCAGGGUACAGAACGUGCAGGCCAUCCAGAACCAGUUCUUCUGUCUGUUCUGGCCGAGAGGGUUGCACAUGCAGUCGAAAAGUUUUUCGCGAAAAAUGCGAAUAUCCCGUCAUCGGAGAGGGACUGGAAUGUCGGCGCUAUUCGCUUUGAGGGGCUGAGCCUUGUAGAGCUGCGACACGUUUCCGAGGGAUCAUGGCAGCCUGUUCUGAACUACUUCCCUUGAGCUAUGUGGCUUGUGCGACACCGUGGCUCGGCUUGCUGCUCUCUUAUAUCUUG